AUCAUUGGUAUCAUUAGUUUUGUGGGGUCAAAUAUUAUAUAUAAACAUUCAGAACUAUUGUAACUAUAAUUUAUUAACUGACUGACUCAAUACAAUCAGAUCAGGUCUAAAGAAACUCUCAUUAAUCACGUUUUUCUCACUGACUUGAAAUGAACGCUGCUGUUCUUAUAUAAAGUAUCUCCCCCGCAGCCUGUGAUAAUAUAACACACACACAGACUGAGACGAAUAGAGGGAAAGAGAGAGAGAACAGGGAAGCAGAACAGAGAGAGAGAGAGAGAGACAGAGAGACUGAGCGCGCGCAUAAGGACAGAAUCGACAUCAUCGCGCUCAGUCAGAAUCGCUUCUCGUGUCUCCCGCUGGCUCUGAUGGAGGGAUGAAGAGGAGGAUUAUUCAUGAUGAAGAUGAUGUUGAGAAUCAGACUGAAAUCAGACGUCUUCAGUGGGAUUUACUGGCUCAAUGUGUAUGAUUGGAAAUGAAAGAUGAAUCUGUUGAGAGAUUGAAAUUGAUUGAAUCUUCGUCAUGGAUCUGAAUCUUCACACACUCAUGAAAGUUUUACUGCUCGGAAUCUUCGCAGCGAGUUUGCCGGUGAUGAGGGGUUUGUCAGCCACAGACGUUGUGGAUUUAUCAUUAACACAACAGCAUCAUCAUGAGUGUAACCGCUCACUUCUGCUGCUGGAGAUGGAGACGUGUGGAGCUCGAUUCACAUCACACAUGGAUCAUCACGUACAACCGCAGGACAGAUGCAACCUCACACACUUCAUAGGCGAGUACCACAUCUUCUCUUAUUGCACAGAGAUAAACUCGGACCGCAUCGGAUGCUUCUGGCCAAAUCCAGUGGUAGAACAUUUCAUCAUCCACAUACACAAACACUUCUUCUCCAACUGUACUGCGGAGAAUGCCAUUCACGAGGACCCGCCGGACGACACGCUGGCUCUGCUCAUCCUCGUUCCCGUGUUCCUCACCCUGGCUAUGGUGGUGCUGGUGGUCUGGUGCAGUAAAAGAAGCGACAUUCUGGCAUAGAGUCCAUUCACUGCGAAUCUGUGGAUGUUCAUCUGACUUCUUAUCAACUGAGAUCAUCAGGAAUCAUCCACUCUCUCCAGAUUCAUUUCAGCUGAUUCAAGAGAAAGCAUCACAAGUGUACAGAAGAUUCUGAGCUUUCUGUUAGAAUGUCAAUCAGAUCUGAAGACCUUUCUGAAGGUUUUACUCGAUAUCUAAAUGAAAGACACACAUAAACACAGAAGUGUGAUAUUACAAACUGAAACUCUUUCACUUAUGUAUUAGGGUACAGCUUUGAUUUAAUGAAAUAACAUAGAACUAGAGAAUUCAUCAAACAGACGCACACGCUGCCUAAAGAUUUCACAUGAGUUGAUGAGUAUUCAGGUUUAGGUCCCCACCAGGAUAUGAAAACACACACACACACACUUAUUCUUUAAGGAAUAAUCCAGCAAUUCAAAAGUUGAACAACACAAACAUAAUACACUCAUACACACAAAAGUACAGCCACAAGAACUCUACAUGAAUCCAGCGUGAUUCUUUUGCUCUUUUUCUUACAGUGGUCAUAAAUACCCCACAGGAGCAGAUUUAGACCUGAUUCAGCGUGAGUUUCACACAAUCAGUAUUUGAGAAUUCAUUGUUCUAAAAUGUGAGAGGAGCUGAAAAGAAGAAAGUUUGGAGAAAGAAAGGAUCUGCUGAAACAGCAGCACACGCAGUCAACGGUUUUAUUAUUGAUAUGAAAAGGAAAGAAAGGAAAGCUCUUGUAUUGUGUGGAUGGAGUUGAGACAAAAACAGAAGACAAUAGUGUUUCUCUAGAACAUUCUGGCUGUGUAGAUGCAGAACUGCAGGAAGGAAACCCAAAGCAGCCCAUGAAUGAACGGAUAUGAGCUGCUUAUAAUUUUCACCAAAAGACCUAAAGAAACCUCUGCACCAUUUUCUUCUCAAACAUGUGUUGAAUAUGAGGAGAUGACACGUGUGUUGUUCAUCCUCCUUUAUCUGUGUGUCCGGACAGAAACUUCAACAUCAGAAGGCCUUCAUUCAUUCAUACAGACACAGACAGGCAUACACUGUAUUCUUCAGCUCUCUUCUCACUGGGUUAUUGAAACUUGCCUUGAGAAACAGAAAGCCAGGAUUGAAAGGCAGUUUUUUUUAGAUGCCAGCGCUUCCAGCACAUUCUUCCUGUUUACAUCUGAAAUCCCACAUGACAAAACUGAGCUAAAUAUAUCUGAACACACACACGAGGAGAUCUGCUGUCCGGACCAAACCACACAACACAUUAACCAUAAAAACUCAUUUGAGAAAUGACAACCUGUGACACAGUUCAGCGUCUCACAAACACACCAAACAACAGGAAAUGAAAUGAAGAAAGGUCAGGAGCGGCUUACAGAUCAACCAAUCAAAACACAGAUUUUCUCAAAUGGAUCUUUCUGUUCUGAAUAUCAAUGACAUUCACAGUUUGUGAUGUACUGCGUUCACAUGUCAUCCUCUGAAAUCUACUAGAAAAACACCAAACGUCAUCAUCACAAACAAUGUCAGACGGAGAUGGGGAGUUUCUCAAAGCAAUGUGACACAUCAGAGCUUUCUUCGUGUAUUUGAUACACGUUAAAGGAGAGCUAAUAAACAAAACAGUGUGUAAACCCUUCUCUUCUCUCAACACAAACAAAAUCAGCAACAACAGAAUGUGUGAGAGAUUCUCCAGCUGAAGCUCACAGGUUUCUCUUUCAUGGUUCAUCGUUUGUUUCGUCUAAGAUCUCUUAAAAACAGCAGCUCUUGAGAAAUGCUGGUCGUCAUUCAGCUUUUUGAUUGCAAACUCCAGUUUAAGAAGUUGUUUCACACACACAGUAAUGGCUCUUUGAUUUCAAAAUCUCAGCUGUGAGGAAAUAAAAACUCAAAGAUCAUCUUAACCUGAAUGACGACUGAAGGUUUCCUAACUCAAGACUUCAAAACCCAGCGGUCAAAUCUAGCAGCAUUACAAAGAUUAAUUCAUGAAGACAUAAGGAAUGAGACUGCAGGUGUAGAUGUGCAGAGAUGUGUGUGUGUGUCACAGAUGAUGAAGAUCAUUACGGGUGUAACGUGAAUAUUGUGUCAAUGCACUCAUGAUGACAUGGAGUCUGUACAAACAUGACACUUCAGUCUUCAUAUGAAUGUAAUGUCAAUGUUUCCAUGACGUGCCGCAGAUCCAGCAGAUAUCUUCUGCCUUCAGACCAGCGCUGAUGUCUCAGGAGAGAAGAUCUUACGACCUCUGUGUCUGUUUACACAACCGCCUACUUUCUGGAAUGUUAUGAGAAGAACAACUCAGAAAGUGUGUGAAACAUUAAACUCUGACGACAAACUCCAUGAGAGAUCACGUGAGAGGAAAGAUCUCCGCUGCUCCAUAGAAAAGUCUUUUAUUUGAAACCUAAGAGACAUUGAUGAAGUUCAGUCACUCUCUCUCUCGUCUGAUCUGGUCUGAUUUUCGUUUUAUGGAGUGACUGAAGCAGCUGAAUUGUGACUUUACACUCAACAAAUCACUAAGGAUGAAUCUCUGUCAUGAGUUCAUCAGAAGAACUUUAUGUCACACACAUCUAUUCAGCUCAACAGAGUUUCAAUUCAAUCAAGUCCAACUGAUCUCUAAACAGCGUUACUGCAAAACAAGAAAAUGAUGCAAACAUUUCUCCCAGAGUAAAGAAACUGAAGGCGAGGAAUGAAAGAAAAAAACGAAGGAAUGCUGAGAAAAAAAUCAUCUUUAAUAAAUCAGUUAAGGCAGUACUCAGACAGGGAUUAGAUUCAGGACUGGCCCUUUGAUUAAAUGAACCACGCCUUACAAGAAACCUGUUACUUGUGUGCGUUUUGAGACAAACAUGAUCAGAUAUGUCAGAUCAAGUUGUUUUUUAGUUUAGAAAGCUUUGACAUGUAUUUUAGUCGAGGACUAGACUCAAGACCUAUACAGGAAACCAGCACACAGAAGAUUAUUGACACAAGCAAACUCUUCCCUCAGUCACUGAAUGUCCUCUCUUCUUCUCAUUUUUUCUCAGGUUUAUAUCUGUUGUCAAUAAAUGUCAAAAAGAAUAUUUCAGUCCCACAAAUUCCAACAAAGUCUCAACAUUUGACAUUUGGCAGACACUUUUAUCCAAAGCGACUCAUAUUGCAUUAUCCUACACAUUUGUUUCUAAGUCUGUGCACUCCCCUGGGAUCAAACCCAUGACCUUGGUGUUGUCAGCAUCAUGCUCAACAUGAUGCUGAUGUAAGGUAAAAACAUGAGAUGUGGGACUGCUUUCAAUCUGUUUCUUUGGGUCUCUCUGAAUUUCCACCAAAGCAUGUUGAUUUUCUGUUGGUUAUUACAUGUCCUGCUCUUCUUCAUCACGUCUUCAGGAUUCAGAUCUUCUGAAAACUCUCUGGAGAUUCUACAAGCGCCUGAAGGGUUUACUUUCAGGUUGAGGCUGUUUUGGGAAUCAGAUGGAUCUCAAACCUUCCUAAUAUAAUCCUAAUUCAGAUUAAAUUCAUCUUUUUGAAAUGACUCUCCAUUCAAGUUAAACUAUUGUUCUGACCUGCGUAUGGGACAGCUUCUACAAGAUAAAGAAAGAGAGUUGUCACCAACAGUUGGUGAAAAGGCUGAAAGUGAUGUUGAGUUUUUAUUUAAGAACGAAGUCAUGUCUUUCUUUUGAGUCAAAAAAGACUUUUUGCUGCUACUGUUCUGUCUUUAUUUUUAUGUGAUGUACAUGCAUUCAUCUUCUCCAUGUUUACAUGCUUUGGACACUGUAUACCAUGGGGUUCUGAGGUUUGUAACACAUUGCAGGGCCCUUUUAUAUAUAAAUCCAUCCUAGGUCAGCUCCCUUCUUAUUGACAGAACUAAAUCUGUAAAAGUAAGUGAGAGGAGACAAUGUUCAAUCGGAGGAAUUUGUUUUAUUGUGUGUUCCAAGAGUGUGAACUGUAGUGUUUUAAAUAGGCUGCUCCCACUGUCUGAGCAAAGCAAGUUCAACUGAGAGAGCUGGUCUGGUCUCAUAGACGGUUUAACGGAUGUUACAUCAAAUGGAAGCUGAAAUGGCUUGUAGAUGCUUUGUUUGAUUUCAUUUGAAAUAUUGAUCAUGUGUGUAUGUAUGGAUGAAUGUUACUUGUAAAUCCACGUGACUUUGUUGUCAAUUCUUGGCCAUACAGGACGCUCUUGUUAAAGAGAUUUUAAACCUCAAUGUGCUUGUCCUGGUCAAAUAAAGGUUAAUGUAAUAAUAUAAAAAGAAGCUUUGAGUUUUUCACUUUCAGUUUGGUCACUGCUGUUAUUUGAUAUAUUGAUAUGCUUUCGUAAAGCAGUUUUGCAAUAAUUCAUGUUGGCGAAAACAUUAUAGAAAUAAAAUUACGAAGGUCAUGAUUGUAGCAUUAUUUUAAACUGAGUUUUAGGUUUCUUGUCAUCUAUAAUAAAUGAUGAGAGAAGAAACGAGAAGAUCAGUUCAGUGUUUUCUGUCCUGAUGGACAUGAGGUCAAUGUCCACUUACCUCUGACCUCUCACAUCACGAGUUAUGUCACGUCUGUGUCAGAUCACAUUUCCAUGUUUAUCUUUUAUUAUUGUUCAUAAAAAGUCUGUUUAAAUGUCAGAACAUUCACGAGCAGUUGACAUUUAUUUUCUAUCACAUUUUUGGAUCUUCCACAUAAAGACCGUCUGGAUAUGAUGUUGGUUUUAACAUGACAGCGGAAGUGAUGUGUGAAUGAGUUCUGGAGGAGCAGCUGGAUUUAAAGCCCUCGGGGACUCUGAUGUCAAACAGCCAUUGUGAAAACAUGCAGAAACACUGCGACUGAACUUUAUACAACAAAACCACUGGAAGACUGAACAUGUGUUGCUCAAUGUGAUCUGAGUUCACUCGAACCAUUCCAUGUUAUUUCUACAUCGUAUCCCCUGGUGCAUCUUUUCAAAACAGCCUUACAGUAGGAAACAUUUAAGUGUUGUUAUGCAAAAAAACGAAAUCUGUCACCAACCAGCGAACAAACCAAAGUCAACCGUGCCAUUAAAUGAUCUGUCACACGGGCUGUUUCUUUGUCAAUUUGACAUAAAUGAUGAUGAAUAAAUAAUGAUAAGUAAUAAUCCAGU